GUUACCAGUACUGGCGAGGAGUACCUGCUCCUCCUCCAAACUCUGUUGGCGUCCUCGAGUAUGUAGCCCUUUCACACCUCCAGGGGAAAAUAGGGGUGGCUAUGAUGUCUGGCGUCUGGUGUAACCUGGUGCUGGUUCUAGGUGUCCUUGUGGCUCUCAACGCCCAAGUGUCCUAUGCACAAGAUAUCAAUGGCAACUGGAGUGAUUGGUCGGUGAUUGGGACUCCCUGUACGAAGUCCUGUGACGGUGGGGUGACCACGAAGGUCAGGUCAUGUACCAAUCCAGCCCCCGAAGGAGCUGGGACUCUAUGCACCAGAGUGGAUGGGAGUAUAGCUUCUGAUGGCUUGGAUUUCAAGGUUGCUCCGUGUAAUAUUCAAUCCUGCUGGGCCAAUGAAUGGACCGAAUGGGGGAACUGCUCUGUCUCUUGCGGCAGGGGAAUCAUGACACGGUUUGCCGUGUGUGGUAACGAGACCUGCUAUGGUAUCCAGUUCAAGCAAGAUAACAAAUCAUGUAACACUUGGAACAAAACAAUGUGUCCAAGUCCUUGCAACACCUGUAAGUGUCCAGACUACGGAAUAUGCAAAGAUCUCUCGACUGAGCUCGAUCCCAACGCUACCUGCGUCUGCACUAUGGGAUACCAGAUGAGCAGCGAUGGUCAAUCCUGCAUCCGUCCUCCUCCAACAACUCCCACACCUCGCCCGAUACCAACGAUGGCCCCGGCGCAGAAGGUGGUGGCGGCAGUCAUCUCCAAGUCAGCCUCAACCGUCAUCGUCAUCUGCGUCAGCAUAUGCCUCUGCAUCUUCUUCGUCUUGAGGAUCUUCACGCCUGACCGGAUCAUCCAGAUGAACAUGGAGAUCGCCCUUCUCCUGGCUCACAUUCUCCUUUUAUUCCCCGACUUCUCCACGCAGAAUUCGACCAUUUGUACCGUGGUCUCCAUCCUGGAGCACUACUUCUUCACCGCCUGCUUCAUGUUCAUGUUCCUGGAGGCGCUGCACAUGUACGCCUACGUGGCCUUCGUAGUCAAGAAGGACGGUAUGUUCACCAGGGCCCAGAACACCUUGGUCGGCUGGGGCGUCUCCGCCAUCAUCAUCCUCUUCUGCGUCUGCUUCCAGUAUUCCAAUUACGGAGGAGCGUAUGAAUGCUGGGUGAUGAUGGACACCGGACUCAUAUACGGAGAACUCAUCCCAAUCGUCGCUCUAGUCAUCAUAACGUUCACACUCAUCGAGGCAGCAGGAGCGGCGGAAUACAAACCCCUGAAAGGUAUAGAUAAGGGCCAGCUGACUAGCGCCAAGUUCUCCCAGCGAACCAACCUUAUCAUCAUGCCGCUAGUAUUCUCUCACAUGCUGCUAGGCAUGCUGUCUCUGUACGAGCAGAACCUGGCCCUUUACAGCAUCUUCUCCUUGCUCAACAGCAUCACCGGCGUCUGCAUUCUUUUCUUCCACUGUAGCAACAACCAACAGGUCCGUCUCAAGUUGAAAGCCGUGAUUGGAAAGAUGUGCAAAGGCAGUGGAAACUAGACACCAGUCACGGCCCUUAGAGCACUGAAGAAUCCUCCCAAGAUAACGUGGAUGCUGCAACAGAACACCUUCAAGAUAACUGGAUAUUUCAACACAACACCCUCAAGAUAACGUGGCUGCUUCAACACAACUCCUUCAAGAUAACGUGGAUGCUGCAACACUAUUAACCCACCAAGAUAUCGAAGAUGGUACAACACAGCCCCCACAAGAUAACCAGGAUACCACAAAGAUACGUAUGAAAACAGGGUAUACAGAGGUAGUUUUACUGUAGAGUGUAAACAAUGAAGAACUGUCUAGAGUAGACAGUAGAGUCUGUCUAUGUCUAUAGUAGACAGUAGAGUCUGUCUACUCUCUGUCUACUUUGUCUCGGGUAGACGCGUGAGACAGACGCCGUCACUUCCACAGAGUUUACUAUAAACAUCUUGCCAACCGUAACAGUCUCGACGAUCUCUGACACUCCAGAUGACCGCAAUGGUUUGUGGCCUAGUGGAUACAAUAUGUAAGACUGAAACGUUUCUGUAACGUUGAAUGAACGCCAUCAUACGUCACUUCAGCGUUAAAUCAACUCAGAGAAUUCAACGUUUCUAAAUGUCAAUAAAAUUCUGUAUUUAGCUGGAUUAAAAGCCACUAGUUGUAAACUCCAGUUGUAAACUCCAGUUGUAAACACAAUAGCACAAGAACUAUCGUAGGAACUAAGUAAAUAUGAGAACUAUAACCCUAUAUGUGCCUUCAGCUUUUUACACUAACCGAUUUGCUUGUAUAGGUUAUACUUCAUAAUAAUAUAGUUUUUAUUGACAAUUUUCGAAAAUGAUAUUAUCUCGUUCACUUGACCCAUCAGCUGAUGAGAAUAACAGAAGCAAAUAAUUACUGGUAUUCCACACAAUUUUGUUUAGUCAGGCGUAGAUAUAAUACCAUUUUCUUCAAAUGAUGUACCAUAGUGGUUUUCUGUAGUUUAGUAAUAUGGGGGGUAUCUAUUGUAUAAUAUUAUUAAUGAAUUAAGAAUCGCAGCAAAUAUAAUUUUUCGGGAAUGAUUAUCACCUGCACGACAUUAAAAGUAUAUUCUUAAGCUCUCAGCACGUAUGGAAGGUAAGCACGGAAUUUAUCGUUUGUUUCUUGAUUAAUGAAAUUGACUCCAAAAGUGCCUUAGGUGUGUCUUAGAGAUGGUAAAUUAGCACAUUAGGUGAUAAUCUUACGUUAAAUAAUCCUAAUGUUAGAUCAGGGACAAGUUAGAGGGAUAAAGUCUAUGUUAACGAGGCUGUUAAUCCGUUAUAAACGAGUCAAUGUUAUUAAGACUUGUUAAGGAGAUUUGGCUCAUCAUGGACUCUACCUCGCUAUAUAAACAUAUAUUUUAACUUGUGAUUUUUGUAGAGUUUAGUGAAGUUAAGCACCGUUGUCUCUGGCCUACACUGGAUGGGUGGCCGUGCUAUAGAGGGACCAUGACAAACUAAUCAGGUUUCAUGGACCGACAAUGGCAUAAGCCAGUACAUCAUUAUACCAGUAAUAUAUAUAUAUAUAUAUAUAUAUAUAUAUAUAUAUAUA